AUGUUAGAAUACUCGGUGACCGACGCAUUUUUCACUUUUCUACCAUUUAUUGUGAUUCCCGUGGUGUUUUUUGCGACGGAAAUUGGGGCUUCCUACAUUCUCGACGUCUUCUCUACAGAAAAACGUGAAAAUUCCAAAAUUUUCAACCAAAAACUUAUUAGGAAACCGACAAAAUAUCGUAUUAAAGACGCAACAAUCGAUUAUUUCUUGGUGUAGGAACCAUGUUCUCUUAUGAAAAAUGGAUGAGCACAGUAGAAAAUCAGCAGAAUAUGCAAAGUUUGACUAGAAGGAACUUCGAGUGCUUCCUUCAAGGAACCGUACUUUUUGUGGGAGUUGGAUACUUUGCACUGAUCACAAACUACAUCUACAUCUCAAUAAUAUCUUGGAAAAAAUCAUUUCUAUCUAAUAAAGCUUAA